AUGACAGACAUUGAUAUCAUUGACUACGCCAAGGAGUAUAUUAAGGGUCUCUGUGAACCUGAACUAGAAGAAAAAGAAUACUAUCCAAAGGACAUGCACUGUAUUUUUGUUGGUGCACAGAACAUGUUUCUCAACAGUCUUAUCCAAGAUACCUGUGCUGACAUAACCGUACUGGAAAUAGGAUUGCUUAGUAUUAAAGGGGGUGCAGAAGCAGUUGUUAUGGCUCAAAGUCAAGUUCAGCAGUUUGUGAAGCUUUUUGAGAAUAAUGAAAGCUUGUCAAGCGAAUAUGAAUCAGAUAUUAAAAAGCAAUUUAGGCAAUUUGUGGAAGCACAUGCAGAUAAAUAUACAAUGGAUUUAUUGAUUUUGCCUAGCUCGCUAAAAAGAGAACUCCUAACUCUUAUGCAAACUGAAUGUUGUGAGUCAGGGGGUACUAUUAUAGAUCUUACAGGAUCUGGAAGCCCAGCAGAGCUCUUACAGGACAAAACCUCCGAAGUUAUUGUUACAAGCAGAGAUGGAAAAACAGGGGAUGAGGAAGAGAGAAACAAUGCUGGGACUCCUGUAACUGAGCUUACAAAGCAAAUGGACAACGUGUUUUCUGAUGCUCCUGAAAAAAGUUUUGUUCCCAUAAAUGUUGUGCCUCCAUUAGAGGCAAUGGCAUCUAAAGAAAGACAAUCUUGUAAAAGAAGGUUUUCUGAUGCUGAGGAAAGUCUCCCUAAAAAGCAGUUCUCUUUGGAAAAUGACCAGGAAGUGAAUUCUGUCUUGCACAGCGAUCCUUCCAAGAGGGAUACAGUUAUCGAUCUGAUUUCAGGUAGCUGUGGUGAAUUAGAUGAUCCCAGUUACUGUAUAAAAGAAGGUGAUGAUAUCAGUGAGGAAAUAGAAUAUAAGAUUCUUGUAAACUUUUUUAGAACAAUGGGAUAUUCACAAAGUAUUGUGGAAAAAGUUAUUGGUGUUCUAGGACAGUCUGUGGAACCCUUAACAUUGCUAGAAGAAAUUGAAAAAGAAAACUUAAAGUUUCAAAAAGAAAAAGAAUGGUCAUCUAAAACGCCUGGAACUACAAAUCUUCGUUUAGGAAGUAAUGCAAAUAGUUCACAUAAAGUAGAAGAUGAGGAUGUUUCUUGCAAGAAAAAUCCACUUAAAACCAGUCAUACUUCAAAUGAGACGAGAACAGAACGUCACAAAAUCAGAGAGAUCUCAAGUACUCAAGUUGAUGCAGAAGGUAAAAUGCAUGCAUCUGUAUGCAAACCUGUCUCUCCUGGUAAAAGUUCAGCUAUAUGCUAUAAACAAAGAGAUAAUUAUUGUCCUGGUAAGAAUCAUAACUCAACAUCAAGUGAUACAGAAACUGAUGGUUUUGUACCUCUCAGUCCUACGCAGGCUGGAGCUCCCAAAGAUGUUGAUUUUGUAGCCAGAGGGAGCUCAGAUGUGCAGUGUACCUCAGCUAAGAGUAAAAAUGCAGUUCAGCAAAAAUCUGCAGGGUCCUCACCUGUGCAGAAUAGUCAUUCUGUUGUAGAGGACCAGUUAGGACACUGCAGCUCUUAUCAAGUGAGAUCUCCCAACCAACACGCUUCUCAAAUGUCGAAUUUUGAAAAUCCUACCCAAGCCCAUGUAUCGUCUUCAGAGAUAAAUUCUACAAAUCCUGACAGAGAGAUGGACAGAUCAUACAGACGUCAUAUUGAUCCAUCAAUUACUGGUGUCCAAAGAUUUCUGGAAUCUCUCAAAAAGCCAUACAGACUGGAGUUGAAAAAUGAACCUGGGAAACCACAUUUAAAACAUAUCAUUAUUGAUGGAAGCAAUGUUGCCAUUUCUCAUGGAUUAAGGAAGUUCUUCUCCUGUCGAGGAAUUGCAAUAGCUGUUGACUACUUUUGGAAACGUGGCCACAGAAAUAUUACUGUGUUUGUUCCACAGUGGAGAACAAGACGUGAUCCUUCCAUUACAGAGCAGGAUUUCUUAACACAGCUGGAAGAUGUUGGAAUAUUGUCUUUAACUCCUUCAAGGAUGGUGUUGGGAGCAAGGAUUGCUUCUCAUGAUGACAGAUUUUUAUUACAUCUUGCUGAUAAAACUGGAGGUGUUAUUGUGACUAACGAUAACUUCAGAGAAUUUGUGACAGAAUCAUUUGCCUGGAGAGAAAUUAUUCAGAAAAGGUUGCUCCAGUACACUUUUGCUGGGGACAUUUUUAUGGUUCCCGAUGAUCCCUUGGGAAGAAAUGGACCUAGAUUAGAUGACUUUCUUCAAAGUGAAGGCUGUUCUAGAAAUUUUCUGUCAGCACAAAAAACUUUACAGAGCAGAGAGCAAUAUUCUUCUGAGACACCUUUCUUCAUGCACGUUACCAAUCCAACCAGCAGCAGUCAACAGCCUAAAAAUCGAGCAUAUGGUGAUCGUUCAGCAGCAUGGCUUCCAUUGGAUACAAAUAUGAAGGCUUGUCUGUCAAUUCCACCACAAAGAUCUGCCUCAGAAACAGUACGAUUAAGAGAAGCCCUGAUAAAAAUAUUUCCUGAUUAUGAGCAAAGACAGAAGAUUGAUAAAAUAUUAGCUGAUCAUCCAUUCAUGAGAGAUCUUAAUGCACUAUCUGCCAUGGUGCUUGACUGAAGAUUAUACAGGGUUUUUAUAUCACAACUGAUCAGACUAAAUGUCAGUAUGAGUAAGAAUGUUGCUCUGUCAUGUUACUUUGUGAAUAUUCAGAACCUAAUUUUAUUUGUAUAAACAAUGUUUUUAUGUAUGUCCUGUUGCUAAUAGAUGCCAGUUUUUGGUAAAUUAAAAACUGCUGCUACUACAGAUCUGUGUAAUAUUUUCUAUGAAAAAUCUUCCACUUCACUUUAAUUGCUUAUUAAAGCAGUAAUGGUUCUAAAGAACUGAUGUCAUUUUAAAUAACAUGUUAGUAUGUUCUAGAAAACAAAAGCACUUAUGUGCUUCUCGUACCUACUUCACUGAAAACCUUCCAAAUAUUUCUUGGUGAAAAUACAAACAGGCAUUUUAUUAUUUUCAGAUACAGGGACUGCUGUAUAAUGUUUAUGUGCUUUCCUUAGGUCUUCAUCAUAUAUUUUGGAAGUAAUGUAUACUCCUAAGGGUCUGUGAACAACUGAUGACCACUGUGUGGAAGCUGUAUUGGAGUCUGGUGUACUGUUGCAAUACUAUCACAAGAUGGCAUUAUGCACCUGUUGGUUUCUAGUGAUCAAGAGCCAAGAUUUCUGACCAUAUUCAGAUGUGCUAGUUCUUAUAUAAAGAGUAAAUGCAAAGCAGACAACAGUAAGUGUUGCUAUGGAUAAUACUAAAUAUUGUAUGAAUAAAUUCUGGAUACUAAACAGACUCGCAGGUAAUAUUACAGGUGACUAGUAAGUUCUGUGUACACGGCCAAGAUGGAGGCCAAAGAGUGCACAAACAAAAAAAGCCUUUUGCCUGUUCAUCCAGACUGUGGGUUAUAUUGUAAGAGCAGUUAAAAGUAAGAUUCCAGCAAGAAUGUGUAAAAUCACAACUCUCAUCAAUAGAAGGUGCUUUUAGUGCUUUAAAAUUUCUGUGAUGCAUGUGUUGCUCUUAAAAUACUAAUUGAUACUAAUCAGUAUGCCUCUGGAAUAAUUUAAGUACCUGUGGUGUUUUGUUUAUCUUUGCCCUGCCUGUUUUAAACAAGAAUCCUGCAAUAGGCUAUUAACAAAACAUGAUGCUGUUUAUAUAGGAAUUACAUGCUGUGCCUUGUGCAAAGCUAGUACACUGCAUUUAAACCUGUUCUGGGAUCUGGCCCAAAAGUAAGGUAGCAGGAAAGUUGAAUGUAGUUUCCAGAAACUGGCAAGUAGGACCAGGAGCAAAGUGAAGAUUACAAUGUCUGUGUACACACUUAAGUCUUCAUGCUUUCCUUUAAAUAUAUUUUCUUUUGUGCUUUUUUUUCUUUCUUGUGACUGAAAGCAUGAGGUAUGGAGCCCAUGCUAAACUUCUGGCAUGCUGAGCCUUAUCUUGAAGAGUAGGAAUAUUGGUUUUCCCUGGACUUUGAAAUCACUGCUUUAGAAGCCAGAUCUACUGAUGAACUAAGGAAAUAGGUGUUGGAAGUUUCUCACAGUUGUCUCAGAUGACCUCUUCAUAUGCAUUGUGAGCUCAGAAAUAGAAGGCUCUCUCAAUAGGAGCUGCAGCAAGAGCAAAACUAAAAUAUAUUAGGAGCAGUUAUUGACAUACUCAAAAAAGGAACAAAGUGAGAAGGAAGAAAUUGCUCGAAUGUGGUUAUGCAUCCAAAUAGACUGUGCUUUUUUUUCCUUCAUACUUGAGUGGACAAUUCAUAGGUCUGGCCAAGUGAGCGAAGUUAUCUUAACUGCACAACUUUCCAAAAGAAGUAAUGCUCAACUAAUAAAUCCUGUGUGAUCAGCAAUGUCUGUCUUCACAAAGUCUUAGGUCUUUAAAGCCUGUCAUCACUGAUGUGAGAGGGUGUUUUAAUGAGCUGUAGGGAAGUAAGUUGCAAUCAGUCGAGCAUUUCCACUUAAGUGGGAUGGGAUCCUGAGGAGGAAAAUGAUGCUGAAUUUGAUAAUUCUGCUUAGCAUUGCAUCACAGUGAGAUGGAGAAACUUUUGAUCAGCUUCUAAGAAGCUCUUCUAGAAGUGUUGUGCUUUAACCUGUGUGGUAGCUGAGCACCACACAGUUGUUUGCAUGCUCUCCCCCUUCCAAGUGAGAUGGGGAGAAAAUUAUUUUUAAAAAAAAAGUAGAACUCAAGGGUUGAGAUAAAAAUUAAAAGGAAGAGGAGAAAAUGAUAUUCGUUAAUAAUUAUGUCUGUAGCAGAUGCACAAGCGAUUACCACCCACCAACAAAUUAGCAGCUGGUCCCUGAGCAGCAGCAGGUCAUCCAAUCUAACUCCCCCAGUUUUUCAAACUUUCGUUCUGCAAGAUAUCAGCAGGAGUAGAGAAAACUGAAACAUCCUUGACUGUACAGCUCUGCUCAGCAACAAUUAGAAACAUCAGUGCUAUCAACAGUCUUUUUCUCCUAAAACCAAAACAGCAUCAUACCAGGCACUGUGGAGAAAAGCAACUCUGCCCCAACUGAAGCUAAAUAAGGAAAAUUAGAAAAAUAAGCCAAGACCAGUACAGACUACUCUAUAUCUUCUUUGCUCAGCAGUAUACUCAAAACUGAAAUGAAUCAUGUAGAGCAGAAGUGCAGGUAAAGAAAUACAGUUUUAUUUUCAACUCUCACAAGGAGUGAAGAAGAUAAGAGUAUGACCCUGCAGGGGCAGCCAAAGAUAGGUACCAUGUUGACUACAUCCAGUAAGGGAGAUAGGGAAGAGUAAACUCCUCACUAGCUAGCGGUGGAUUGAAGGGCUACAUUAAUACCCGUAAAUGUUAAUGUGCUGCUCUUUUCUGAGCUAAACAUCCAAUUUGAAAAGAAUUAAAGAGGAAUGUAGUGUCAAGUGCUCAACAGAGUAGUAGUUGAUUACUUUUGCAUGAUGUAAGAAGCAUAGCUGGGAAUAGUAGCUCUAAAACCUGUCAUCUAACUGCUUUUUCCCAGGAGCACAGACUAGACAAAUUAACUGAUUUCUGUGGCAUUUAUGGAUAUUAAAGCAAGCUGUCUAAACUGUGAAAUUGAAUUGUUCCUGUGAAAUGAGUCCCAGUGAGACCACAGGUUGUUUUCUAUUUUAUUUUGGUUUGUUAGGUUCUGUUCUGCCUUCAGGUUUGAGUUUUAGGCACUAGCUCCGACCAUUGUCACUAUGGUCUCAAUUUUCCUUGAAGAAAGUGGAUAGAGCUUUUGCAGUGCUAUGUCUAUGGUAGAAGAACACUUGAUUGCAUUUCCUCUAUGUUUUGAACAAAAUCAUCACUGUGUUUCUGUUUUGUUUUCACUUGUUCCUGAUUCCCUACUAGCUUACUUGCUGUAUGAACAGCCGUAAAAUCCUCUCUCAGUGCACAACAGAUCUGGACUGCAUGAAGAAGAGCAGCUGAGAAAGCCUUGUUGGAACCACCAUCAUUAAAAGCUCAUCAAAACAAUUAUUUUUUUUUUAGGAUUUUUAAUGGCAAAAAAAAAAUACUGCUUUUCUAUGCAUGAAAGUUUGUCUGCAAUGCUCCUUUAUUUAGUGUAUAAAAUUCUUAGAAUUCAUGUGGAUGUUCAGUUAAAUCAUUCUCACUUGUCAAAGAGAGACGCUGUGGCACAAGGAAGACCUGACUUACCUCACACCGAAUGCUCCUGAGGGCCUUACCACAGUAACAGCUUGCUCUGUCCAUCCUCCUCAUCCCACCACGGUAUCUGUUUUGGAUACCGUGCAGUGCUGACAUGAGGGCUCUUCCUCAGUUGGCUCUGGUAUCACUGCUGCUGGCUCCAAGGCAGCCCUGUUGCUGUGCAGCCUCAAAGGGUGUCCGUCUUGUUUCACUUCAGGUGAGCUGUUGUGAGGAGGACAGGAAAAAGGAGGUGAGGAAGCAGAAAGGAAGGCUGAUAUUCUGCUUAGCAGAAGGCUUUGCAAGCUUGUGUAUCAAUCUGGGCUGCAGAAGGUAAAUGUGACGCAGAUGAGAGAUUGGUAGGUAACUGGCAGGGGAUGGUGGAGCACAAGGCACCCCCCUCAGCACUGCAAUAGGUGUAUGUUUUAAAUGAGCUUACAUCUCACCAUUCUGUCUGCACUGAUGGCCCCAACAGGGUGUCAUCAUGUCAGUACUAAGCUGAAGUGGUAAGCUGCAGGUAUGCUGCUACGCUGAGCAGCCUACACACAAAGCAAGGGAUGUCAGAGGGGUCAGAACUCUUCUGUUUUUACAGAAUGCACUUCCUGUUAUGUCUAUGAUUUAAUACUGUGUAAACACUGUAGAAAUCUGUUGAAGGAGAUGGGAUUCAGUAUUUUUUACAUCCCCAUGCGGAAAGACCUCUGUUGGUAUAAAUUACUUUGCCACAACUGAAAGCUGAGAUCUGGGGGUUUGUUUUUCUUGUCCUGAGUGAUUGAGCUACGCCUGAAAAAUGUUAAGUAUUGUGUUCUUAUUCCAAAAUAAAUAUUCAUGUUUGGACUUAAUCAAGAAUAGAUGAAUCACUUCAAAGUCACAGUUACUUACUCAAGUGUAGACAGAACCCCAAUGUGGUCUGGGGACUUUGUUUGUGCUUGGUUUUAAAGGGAAAUGGCUUCUCUAUUUGUUAUGUUUGGACUGGUGUUAACUAUAGGCCCCCUAAAUCAUCUAGAGCUGUGUUCAUGUCUGAGCACAGUUCUUUCACUCGUGUAUCCUGGCCUCAUACAUUUUUAUUUUUAGGUGCCAAUGUGAGAAUAUGUGUAUAUUGCAAUCUUCAUCUCUUUCUCUAAAUUCUGUUCUUAAAGCACACAUUAUGCUAUUCAACCUUUACUGAAGGAAACAUAACAACACAGCUGCACUUAAUCAAAUUACAUACAAGUUCUACAUUUCAGUGUCACUCUAGCUCUACUGGCUGUUCCUGGUUUACAGUCCAUAGAGACACACAUGACUUCCCAGCACUUCCGCAGGAUAGAACCAAAAUGGAAAUGUUUUGAUAAUGGUCACAUUUUUCUCCCUUUCUGCACUAAUUAAAAAAAAA